UUGACACAUCAGCUGGAUAGCGGUUUCAAGGGUGGCAGGCUAUUUAUCCUUUGCAGUACAAAAGUUGGCUGGGAGGUUCCGAAUUCAAAUAUUUGACAGAUCCAUGGCUGCAAGACUACUUCUGAGUUCGGCACGGAGGUACCUCCCAGGGUCGAGAGGCUCUUCAAAGAUCCUAAAAAGAUUAGCCUCUGCCGAAGCCCAAGUGAAAGAAAUUUUAGUGAACUCUCCUCCUACAAAAAUCACAACAUUGGAUAAUGGACUGAGGGUGGCGUCCGAAGACACAGGCGACUUGACAGCAACCAUCGGGCUCUGGAUCGAUGCCGGAUCUAGAUGUGAAAACGAAGAAAACAACGGGGUCGCUCAUUUCCUCGAGCACAUGGCAUUCAAGGGGACGUCCAAAAGAUCCCAGGUCGACCUUGAACUUGAGGUUGAAAACAUGGGGGCCCACCUGAAUGCGUACACGUCUAGAGAACAGACGGUAUUCUACGCUAAAUGCCUUAAGCAGGACAUCCUCAAAGCCCUGGAAAUCUUGUCGGACAUUCUUCAGAAUUCGAAGCUCGGUGAAAACGAAAUCGAACGCGAACGGGGUGUCAUCUUGCGCGAGAUGCAGGAAGUUGAGACCAACCUUCAGGAAGUUGUCUUUGACCACCUCCAUGCGACUGCCUUUCAAGGCACUGCAUUAGGCAGGACAAUUCUAGGACCGACUAAAAACAUCAAAUCAAUCAGCAGAGAUGAUCUGAGUAAAUAUAUUAGAUCAUAUUAUAAACCUGCAAGAAUGGUUUUAGCCGGUGCUGGUGGUGUAGAUCAUGACGAGCUCGUUAAGACAGCAAAGCAGUUGUUUAAAGGUCCCACUACGCCUGUUUCAGGAUCCUUAGUUCUGGAUCCUUGCAAGUUCACCGGAUCUGAAAUCCGAGUCAGAGAUGACUCUAUGCCUCUUGCUCAUGUAGCCAUAGCAGUAGAAGGAUGUGGAUGGGAAAACGCAGACAACAUUCCGUUAAUGGUUGCGAACACACUUAUCGGAGCUUGGGAUAGGUCGCAGGGCGGCGGAGCGGCCAAUUCUUCCAAGCUCGCCCAAGCGGCUGCCCAAAACAACCUAGCUCAUUCAUUUCAAUCAUUCAACACUUGCUACAAAGACACAGGUCUCUGGGGCAUCUAUUUCGUUUCACAGCCAGGAGCCAUUGAGGAUAUGGUAUACAACAUCCAAAAUGAAUGGAUGAGGCUGUCGACAAAUCUGUCCAAUGCUGAAGUGGAAAGGGCCAAAAAUGUCCUUAAGUCGAACAUGUUUUUACAGCUCGAUGGUACGACUCCAAUUUGCGAGGAUAUAGGCAGACAGAUGCUCUGCUAUGGCCGGAGGAUCCCGCUGUACGAACUAGAAUACAGGAUCAAUGAUGUCACAGCACAGCAUGUCCAAGAUGUCUUGAUGCAGUACAUCUAUGGCAAAUCUCCAGCAGUCGCUGCUGUCGGCCCAGUCGAAUGGCUUCCUGAUUACAACAAAAUCAGGUCCACUGUCUGUUCGGCUAAGCUUUAACCAUAAACAAAGAGUUGCUUUUGGCUGUGUUUGUAACAGAUUAGUAUUUAUUUAUGUCUGCAAAGAAUAUGCGAAUUCAGUAUUGUUUUAACUGUGCUGUACAUUUUUAAUUGUAUAAUUAAUGUAUAAAUAAUUAGAAUGUUGAUUUUAA